AGGUAUUUUCUUGUUGGAAGUAAUCCUGCAGAAACUAAAUACCGUGUUUUGAAAAUAGAUCGCACUGAACCAAAGGAUUUGGUUGUAAUUGAUGAUAAGCAUGUGUAUACACAACAAGAGGUGAGGGAACUUCUUGGACGUUUAGACCUGGGAAACAGAACAAAGAUUGGUCAAAAGGGCUCUUCUGGGUUAUCUCGAGCCGUCUCUGCUUUUGGUGUAGUAGGUUUUGUCAGGUUUUUGGAAGGCUACUACAUUGUGUUAAUUACAAAAAGAAGAAAAAUGGCAGAUAUUGGAGGUCAUGCCAUAUAUAAAAUAGAAGAUACAAAUAUGAUCUACAUUCCAAAUGACUCAGUAAGAGUCACUCAUCCUGAUGAAGCCAGGUAUCUGAGAAUCUUUCAAAAUGUGGACCUUUCUAGUAACUUCUAUUUUAGUUACAGCUAUGAUCUGUCUCACUCCCUUCAAUAUAAUCUUACUGUCCUGAGAAUGCCACUUGAGACAUUAAAAACUGAAACAGCCCAGACCCGACAAGAGAGUUUUGAUAUAUUUGAAGAUGAAGGACUUUCAACACAGGGUGGAAGUGGUGUAUUUGGGAUUUGCAGUAAGCCUUACAAAAAGUAUGUGUGGAAUGGCAAGCUUCUGGAGGCAGUAAAAAAUACUGUUCAUCGUGACUGGCUGCUGUAUAUUAUUCAUGGAUUCUGUGGGCAAUCAAAAUUGUUAAUAUACGGUCGCCCUAUAUAUGUCACUCUGAUAGCCAGAAGAUCAAGCAAAUUUGCUGGGACACGUUUUCUGAAACGAGGAGCAAACUGUAUGGGAGAUGUUGCUAAUGAAGUGGAAACUGAACAAAUACUUUAUGAUGCUUCAGUUAUGUCAUUUUCUGCGGGGAGUUAUUCUUCCUAUGUUCAGGUUCGAGGAUCUGUCCCUCUGUACUGGUCUCAAGAUAUUUCAACUAUGAUGCCUAAGCCACCCAUAACAUUGGACCAAGCAGAUCCUUUUGCACAUGUUGCUGCUCUUCACUUUGACCAAAUGCUUCAGAGAUUUGGCUCUCCCAUUAUUAUUUUGAAUCUUGUGAAGGAACGUGAAAAAAGAAAGCAUGAAAGGAUUCUUAGUGAAGAACUUGUCGCUGCUGUGACAUACCUCAACCAGUUUUUACCUCCAGAGCAUGCAAUUAUAUAUAUACCCUGGGAUAUGGCCAAAUACACGAAAAGCAAACUUUGCAAUGUCCUUGAUAGACUGAAUGUGAUUGCAGAAAGUGUAGUUAAGAAGACUGGAUUUUUUGUCAAUCGACCUGAUUCCUACUGCAGUAUCUUGCGGCCAGAUGAAAAGUGGAAUGAACUGGGAGGUUAUGUUGUUUCCACUGGUCGCUUGCAGACUGGAGUUCUCCGAACCAAUUGUGUGGACUGUUUAGAUCGCACUAACACAGCCCAAUUUAUGGUGGGAAAAUGUGCUUUGGCGUACCAACUCUAUUCGUUGGGGUUGAUUGAUAAACCAAAUUUACAAUUUGAUACGGAUGCUGUUAGAUUAUUUGAAGAAUUGUAUGAAGAUCAUGGAGACACGCUUUCUCUGCAGUAUGGAGGUUCUCAGCUUGUUCACAGAGUAAAAACCUACAGAAAGAUAGCUCCAUGGACUCAGCAUUCCAAAGAUAUUAUGCAAACGCUCUCAAGAUAUUAUAGUAAUGCUUUCUCAGAUGCAGACAGGCAAGAUUCUAUCAAUCUCUUCCUGGGAGUAUUCAAGCCUACUGAAGGAAAACCUCAUCUCUGGGAACUACCCACUGAUUUUUAUUUGCAUCACAAGAACACCCUCAGUCUCUCGCAGUCCAGGCGAAGCUAUACUUACUGGUGGACCACAGGUGUGCUAAAGCAUUUACCUCUUCCUUUUGAUGAAGUGACAUGUACUGAAAAUAGACACAAGUUGACAGUGAAAAAAUUCCACAAAUAUGAAGAAGAAAUUGAUAUCCACAAUGAGUUCUUUCGACCGUAUGAGUUAAGCAGUUUUGAUGAAACCUUCUGCUUGGCAAUGACCAAUUCUACACGAGAUUUUAUGCCUAAGAAUGUGGGGAUUGAUCCAAGUCCAUUUACUGUUCGUAAGCCUGAUGAAACUGGAAAAUCAGUGUUAGGGAACAAAAGUAACAGAGAAGAAGCCGUGCUGCAGCGCAAAACAGCUGCGAGUGCUCCUCCACCCCCCAGUGAGGAAGCCGUGUCAAGUAGUUCUGAAGAUGAUUCUGGGACAGACAAAGAAGAUGAAGGUGCUGUUUCUCAACGUUCAACUCCAGUAAAAGUGACUGAUACAGGAGACAAUACAAAAAUCACAGAGAAUGUGGUGCAAUCAACAAAAGAUGUGUAUGGAGUCAAUCUUUCAGAUGUUCCUUCAGAAGAUGAUCUUGCAAUAUACACUAGGUUUGUGCAGCUGGGACAGAGUCAGCAUAAACAAGACAAGAGCAGCCAGCAAUUUUUAAAUCACCACUUGGAUGGGGUUAUAAAUUUAAUACCCAUCUCCUCCUUUUCUCAAGACAAUAUUUAUGAAGUUCAGCCUCCAAGAGCUGAUAGAAAAUCAAUAGAGAUUUUUCAUGCACACAUUCAGGCUGGAAGAGGAAACAUGCAGCCCCUGGGAAAAGAUGACUUCCUCAUGUACAGAGACUACAUUCGAAACAGAUACAUGUAA